AUGGAGCUCGUGUCGGUUCUGGGUGGAAUCGUGCUUAUGCUUUGUUUGUACCUGUUGACGAAGACGUCGGGUCGCAGAAGCUUGCCUGCACCUUUACCUCCGGGACCACCUAGCCUCCCUUUCAUAGGAAACCUGCACCAGCUAGACAAGAAAGCGCCUUUUAAAACCUUCCUCAAAUUGAGUGAGAGCUACGGGCCUGUCUUGACCGUGCAUUUGGGCUGGCAGAGAAUUGCCGUCCUGGUCGGCUUGGACACUGUAAAGGAAGCUCUGGUGGACCAGGCGGAUGACUUCACCGGUAGAGGACCGGUUCCGUUCCUGCUCAGAGCCACCAGAGGCUAUGGUUUGGCCAUCAGCAACGGCGAGCGCUGGCGUCAGCUGCGUCGCUUCACCCUGACGACCCUCCGGGACUUUGGGAUGGGUCGCAAGGGGAUGGAGGAGUGGAUCCAGGAGGAGAGCAAACACCUGGCAGCCCGCUUUGACACAACCAAAGCCGUGCCCUUCGACCCGAGCUUCUUUCUGAGUUGUAGCGUGUCCAACGUGAUCUGCUGCCUGGUGUUCGGGCAGCGCUUCUCCUAUGACGACGAGCGCUUUCUGCGUCUUCUCCGGAUCCUUUCGGAAACCAUCAAAUUCGGCAGCACCCCGUGGGGGCAGCUAUACAACGUCUUCCCCCGGUUGAUGGAGUGGCUGCCAGGUCGGCACCACAAAAUUUUUGCUGGGGUUGAUGAGGUGAGGGCUUUCGUCAUGGAGAAGAUCGAAAAGCACCGCUCCACGUUGAGCCCCGAGUGUCCGAGAGAUUACAUCGACUGCUACCUGAUCAGACAGGAUCAGGAGAAACACAACCCCACCAGUGAGUUCCACUACGACAACUUGGUGUCCACUGUGCUGAAUCUGUACUUGGCAGGAACAGAAACCACUAGCUCCACCAUCCGAUUUGCCCUCAACGUGCUUAUGAAAUACCCCAAAGUCCAAGAGAACAUGCAGCAGGAAAUCCACACUGUGAUCGGACAGCGAUGCCCUAAAUUGGAGGACAGGAAGUCCCUCCCUUUCACUGACGCCGUACUCCACGAAAUCCAACGUUUAAUGGACAUCGUGCCUAUGGGUAUCCCUCAUUACGCCCUCCACGAUAUCACCUUCAAGGGUUACCUAAUUCCAAAGGACACGAUAAUCAUCCCCUUGCUGCACUCUUUACUUAAAGAGGAGAAGCAGUGGGCCACUCCGUGGACCUUCAACCCUCAACACUUCCUGGACCAAAAUGGCAACUUCAAGAAGAACCCAGCUUUCCUUCCAUUCUCUGCAGGAAAAAGGGCUUGCGUUGGAGAGUCUCUGGCUCGCAUGGAAAUUUUCCUUUUUGUGGUGUCGCUGCUGCAGAACUUCACCUUCUCACACGCCGGCGGACCAGACAGUGUAGACCUGAAUCCCGAGUACAGCAGCUUUGCCAACGUGCCGCGCAGAUAUGACAUCGUGGCAACGCCUCGAUCUUGA